CCGUUCAAACAGUGUAAACGAAAAAAUGGAUCCUGUCGCAGCAGCCAAAGCCUUUGUCAAGGAUACACUGUCCGUGGAAUUUUUCCAGGACAAAUCUGACCUGCUGAACAAAGUCGUCAGAGCCUUUUUCGAGAAAGUGCCGUUCCAGAACAUUUCUACGAGCAUUCUUCCUCCCGAGCAACGCUUCCCGACGGAACAGGUGAUCAUAGAGAACGGUAUCAGCUUAAAGGGCGGGCUGAACAUCCACAACAACUGCUUUCUCAAAAUGUUGCUCGAAGCGCUGAGCUACAAGGUUCACCUCGUGGCGGCGAGCGUCGUGCAUCCUCCAAAGUCCAAGGCACCGAGACGCUUCGGAAAUCAUUGCGCCAUCUUGGUUCGAGAUCUGGAGAAACCCGGCGAUCUUCACCUCGUCGAUGUCGGCUCUGGCUACCCCGUCUUCAAGGCUGUUCCUCUCGACCGUCUUCCUUACACGGCGACUGACGUCACUCUGACAUACAGAUUCGUCGAGGAAUGCGGACAAUGGCACAGAGAGCACAAGGAUGCGGAUAGCGAGACGUGGACGCGAUUCGUGACGUACGACAAGGAGGCGGUGCAGGCGAGUCCUGCGGAAGUGUUCAAAGGACCGGUCGAGGAGCUUUUUCAGGAAGAUUGGCUCGUCGCCGGCGUCACGGCCGUCCGCUACCCGCAGCCGGGGUCAUCGGCCAUCCCGGAUGUCCCGGACUUUGGCAGGGACUACGACUACGUCCUCCGCAUAGUCAACGACAAGAUCACCUUCGGGAACAGCUCGGGAUACACGUGGGAGGAACCGGUACCGUUGGACCAGCUAGUCUCCGUAUUUCAGACCUACUUUCCAACCGUGCCGAAGGAUCAGGUUCAACGAAAGGUUCAGAUCCUUUCGGAGGAGGCUGCCGGCUGCAAGUACUGACAAUGAGUCGAGUCAAGAGUCGCCUCCGUUGACUUUUUACCACAUUUCGGCGAUGCUGCGCUGCCGAGUCACGUAGUUCGGACGAAGAACUUUGUCCCGUGUGAUUAUCGAAAAUGAUCGUUAACGCUUUCUUGAAGAUAUAAAUUAUUCAUUUCAGAACAA